AUGAGCAGAAGAGCAAUUAAGCGAUACGAAGAGGUGCUUCAAGCGGAGCAACUCGAAAGCGCUGAACCCAACGGUGUGGACAAAGACAGCGAAGAGUCACUAACUCCGAGCCCACGCCCUUCCAGAGGCAAGGGCUUGUUUGCCCUUCUUGGCGAACAAAAUGAUGACACCGACGGUGAGUCGGAAGAAGCACAGCAAGUCAACGAGGGCCCUAUCAAUAUCACGCAACCGCUUGUUGAAACGGAACCGGCUGUGGAAGCCAAGAGCGAUGGUGAGCAGGAUGAUCUGCGAGAUGAGACCGAGAAAGAGACACACGCAAACACACAAACCAAGAAAAAAAAGAAAAAAAAGAAGCGGAGAGGAAAGAAGCGGGCAGACGCAGACCCCAUUGACCGCGAGACAGAUCCAGAUUGGAUUGCGCUUAAUGAAGCCACCGCAACAGAGCAACAUGACACGAAGCCUGGGUGGAUUCCGAGCUCUUAUUUCGCUAAUGAUGACAGCGAAGCUGUUAGGGAAGAGGCAACACGGAUAAUGGCGACAAUUGAGGCGAUCGCAUUCGAUGGCACCUGGGAAUCUGUCCGAGCCAAGUAUGAUAUUUCGAUCAAGACCUUGACCGAAGUUAUCCGUGUCGAACCACGAUUACUGAAUGCUGAUUCUGAGUUAAAACGCUUGUUCGGUUCGAGGGUUAUUGAGUCGGAGAGGAGGGGAGAAGAGAUAGCAAGUGGAAGAGGUGGCCGUCGCCGCGGUCGCGGUGGUGGUCGCAAUAAUCCGCGCAGGAGAGUUUCACUCGUAUCCCCUCGCGAAAACUGGUUUCCUGAGGCUCCCGGACUGGUUAUGCAGUUAGACUCGGAGGACACUGACACCGAUCCCACGGGCGUGCGAUAUUUUCGCUAUGUACAUGAGGCCUCAUACGCUCGACUCCAAGAAGAAUACAGGUUCGUCGUCGGCACGCAUGACCCCAACUUGCUCGCGGAGCUUUGCAGCAGAUGUCCGUAUCACGUGGAUACCUUGCUGCAGUUGGCAGAACUUUAUCGCCAAAUGGGCGAAUUAGACAGGGCUGCGGAGCAAAUUGAGAGAUGUCUGUACGUUCUGGAGUCUUCCUGGAACGUAGCGUUCAAGCCGUACGAUGGCAACUGUCGUUUACGAUUUGAACUCGUGGAGAAUCGCUCCAUCUAUGUUGCUCUGUUUCGCUACUCGCAGCUUCUCACCAGAAGAGGUUUGCACCGUACUGCUCUCGAGAUAAGCAAGCUGAUCCUGAACUUCGAUCCAGAAAACGAUCCCAUGGGAAUUCUGAUGGUUGCAGAUUCUUUCGCGUUGCUGUGCGGGGAGCACCAAUGGAUCCAAGAUAUGCAUGCUGACUACAGCUUGAUACCGCUUCGAUACUUCCCGAACUUCGCGGCAAGUACGGCAGUUGCGGCCGAGAGCAUGCGACAAGGUAUUGGCGGUAUCUCAAGUCGCGGCACUGCUGGCAAGCGGAAGAAGAUUACGAAAGCCGCCCCAGACGAUGCUGCUGACGCAUUUGAUGCGCAAACCCCAGACGAUAUUCUCAUAGACGCUUUGCUUACAUUCCCUAUGCUUCUCAGGCCGCUACUGUCUGCAGUUCAAGACGAAUCAGGCGUAUGGACAGAACACCGCCUGUUUGACGAGGCUUGGUACAGCGUUGGAUAUGAAGAUCAUGGAGUAUUGCUUCGAAUGUGCAGAGUUUAUGCAGAACGCAGCAAGCUCCUGUGGAAUUCUACUGCGAACAAACAGAUGCUUGUGCGCUGUGCAAGGGCGGCGGGAGACCUUGACACUGCGGCUGGCACAGGAACGCACCCUGUCACCGGGCGCCUUACGCCAGCUGUAGUGAGCGACCCUGCACAGCACACACGAGUAGCAAAGUGCCGUUCUCGUCGUGCAGAAGCGGGAGAAUGGUUGGGGAGUUCUGGCUUAUACCAAGCAGUUCAAAUAUCCGACUUCACGGACUCCACGACGAAUCUACCGGCAGAAAUAUUGGCGGGGGAUGGUGCGGCGGCUCCGAUUGGAGCACCCCCUCCUCCUCGAGAGAUGUCGCUGACCCAAGGCGCCAUGGAAUUUUUGCAGAGCUUAUUGCCGUGGAGAGCAGCGACUGACGCUCAGUAAGGGAGUAAAUGCGAUAUGCUCAAAUCCCGCAAGCAUAUAGGCGUUCAGAAUAGGAACUCUUAUGUGAAACAUAGAUGGUAACGCUUAAGGAAAUAUCGCAUUUCCUUGACUUGUUUUUGUCGAGGUACUGAACGACUCGCGCAAAUGCCAGAAGGCAAGGAAUUAUUCUCUGAAGGCAAGGAAUCAUUCUCUGAAGACAAGGAUGCGGUUUAUCUUGUACAGUAGAUACGGGGGAACCUAAAAUAGGGCAAAGUCCGGAUGAUGGGAACUGACGCCUGGGCGUCAAGGAAGAGUACUGGACAAACUUCCGGAACAUCAUGCAUCGGCUGCCACUCGGACGGGAGUGCUCUGUUGAACUUUUUUGCGGGUAGCACUCCUUGUCACUUCUAGGACCCGUUAAAAUCGUUCGGGCUUCAAGGAUUGAGACCUUGCGUUUGUGCCCCUCACAGAUCUUUCAACAUGAUGGCCGUUCUUUCGUUGUUUACAUAUUUGGCUCUGGUAGUAAGCAGUUCCAGAGAGUAUAUAUAGCGACAUGCCUGCAUUAUGCUACGAAACUCUUCGAAAGUAGCUUCAUAGAUUGACACGACAACAUCAUAACAAGGUCCUUCCUCGAUCCUGAUUGCAAGGUCCCUCGAGCGGGCAACAGAACGAUCCUUCCCACUCCACAGCGUCAAGGUAAAGGGGAUUUCAUGGGUUAUUCACAUCGUAAUCUUUCGGGAUGUUGUGGAGUGCACUCGAAAUCCACCUCUAUCUUUCAGAGAAAGGUGGAACA